UUUCAUCUCUUCCCUUGAUGAAUCUAAUUUCUCUGAAAAUUCUCAUCCUUACUGGUUGCACUUGCACAAGCCUCCAGAAAUUUCAGCUAAUCUCCGAAAGUCUAGAAGUUUUACAUUUAAAUGGUACUGCCAUAAAGAGACUUCCUCCAACCAUAAUCAAACUCCAGAGGCUCGUCUUAUUGAAUUUAAAGAACUGCAAAAGGUUGGAGUCUCUUCCUAAUUGUAUCGGAGAUCUGAAAUCUCUUAAAGAGCUAAUACUUUCUGGCUGUUCAGGGCUUAAAAAUCUUUCAGAUGUAAGGGAGAGCCUGAAACAUAUCCAGAGUUUACUUAUCGAUAGGAUAGGUGCAAAAGAGAUGCCACUCAUAUCGUGUGUCAGUAUUUUCAAAAGCCAAGCCUCUGCAGAUAUGGUCUUACAACCGUUUGACCCAAAGGAAUGGCCACGUGGUCUUAUUGGAGUAUGCUCUCUUCGUCGGCUAUGUUUAAGCGGAAAUAAUUUUGUCAGCCUGCAAACCGACAUUGGGAAACUUUACAAUCUACAUUGGCUAGAAGUGAAGCAGUGCAAGAUGCUGACCUCUAUUCCAAUGCUUCCACCAAAUCUCCACUACUUUGAUGCUCAUGGCUGUGAUUCACUUGAAAGAGUUGCAAAUCCUCUGGCCCUUCCAGGGCUAUUAGAAAAGGUCCAUGCAAUAUUCAUAUUUUCAAGCUGCCACAAGUUGGAUCAAAGACGCAAAGGAUAAUAUCAUAUCCUAUAUUCGGUGGAGAAGUCAGUUGGUGUUAGAGGCACUCUCUCAAUACAAUGGGGGUUCUGUUUUGGAAGAUUUCGGUGGAACUUGCUUUCCUGGAUAGGAAGUACCAGCAUGGUUCAGUCACCAAGCCUAUGGAUCGGUGUUAAAGUCAAAGCUGCUUCCACACUUGUGUGAUAACCGGUUUACUGGAAUAGCCCUAUAUGCUCGGUUAUUGUACUUCCUGGCUAUUAUGAGCAGAGGAAUCGUCUCUUGGUGAAAUGUAAUUGUGUGUUUAAUAACGAAGAUGGGUCUCGUAUCCGCUUUAGUUGCACUAUUGGCAGUUGGAUCCCAAGUAACACACCACGGAAAAGUGAACUGCCUCAUGUUUUUAUUGGCUAUAUUAGUAUGUUGGAUAUCAAGAAACAUGUUGAGGAGGAAGAUGAAGAGGAAUGCAGUCAUACAGAGGCUUCAUUCGAAUUCCAAGUGACAGAUGGUACAGAAGUGUUAGAAGGUUGCGAGGUGCUAAAGUGUGGCUCCAGUUUGGUCUAUUCAACUGACGAAAGGACGAAUAUGAGUUGGGUUGCGAAGACUGGUGUAAUUGCAGAGAGGAUUAACAACAUCCCAGGUCAAGCAACAUAUUAUGGUAACUCUAGAAGUUAUGAUGAUAUCCAGUAUGGAUCUUACUCUGGUCCAACUCUGGGAAGGGAUGAAAAUUUCUUCAGUGAAGCGACUUUUGAUGUUACCCCAAAUUCACAGAAAAGUUAUAAAAAUAAGAAAGUGGGCCUAUUGAAAAAAGAGAGUGACGCAGGAGGAGACUUCACUGAAAGCUCUUUUCAUGACAACACAUCUUCGGCAAACGUAGAGAAGAUAAAAAGGCAUCCCUUGGUUGGACUUGAACAGCGACUCAAGGAAAUAGAAAAAGUUGUGUACUCAACACCAGGAAAAACUCGUAUUGUUGGUGUUCUUGGAAUGCCCGGCACUGGUAAGUUUCCCAGUCACUUGUUUUUGCCAAUGUCAACAGAGUGCAAACUGGAGCAGUUGAGGAGGGUAUUCCUGAAAGAGUUACUAAAAAACGUAAAUCAAGACAUAAACGACGAGACAACACAUGAUUCAAUGAAGGGUAAACUGCUUCAGACUAAAGUUUUUGUUGUUCUAGAUAACGUGAGUGACAAGAAACAAUUAGAGUUUCUCCUCGGUGACCUUGGGUGGAUUAAGAAGGGAAGCAAGAUUGUUAUUACAACAUGUGACAAGUCAUUGCUCAAGGGGUUGGGUCAUGAUACCUAUGUGGUCCCACAAAUGAAUAACAAAGAGGCCUUUCAACUCCUUACUCAUCAUGCCUUCUAUAAUCAAUUCCGUCCAGCAGAAACCUUCCUAACGCUUUCGAGAAUGUUAGUGGAUAAUGUUGGAGGCAACGCACAGGAUCUCAAGGUCCUGGGAAGCUUCCUCUCUGGGAAAAAUGAGGCCUACUGGCAAUAUGAGCUGCUAAGAGUGAGACAAAGUUUCAAUAUGAAAAUGACAGAUAUCUGGAGAUUCUCUCUUGAUCAACUUAAUAAGCAACAGAAAGAUGUGUUUCUUGACAUAGUGUAUUUUCUUAAAUCUGAAGAAGAGUAUUUUGUUAGAAGUAUAUUGGAUCGAGGAAGUCAUGAAGCUGUGAGUGGAGUAAGAGAUCUCGCUGAGAAAUUGCUUAUUACUAUUUCUUGUGGGCGAGUGGAGAUGCAUGAUCAAUUGUAUUCACUGGCCAAUGACCUUGGCCUUCCUGGGCGGCAUAAGCUUUGCAACUACGAAGAUAUCAACAAUCUGACAAAACAGGUACUUAUGUCUUCUGUGAGCUCAACUAUUUCUUUAACAUUUCUUGGAAUAUAAAACAAACUUCAAGAU